UAGAGGGGCUGAGGGAGGUGGGGUGGAGGGGGAGAGGUAAGGGGUGGGAUAGUUGGGAGGUGGGGUAUCAUGCUGAGGAGAGGAGUGGGGAGAACCCAAUUGGAUUGGGGAGUGGUAUGGCAGGAGAGAGGGAUGGGGAGGGGUGAGGAAUGGAUGGGGCGAUCAAGGGAUGAGGUUACUGGGGAAAAUGAGGUCUUUCGAUGUCAUUUUCUGAUCAGCUACAUCAGUGGCAGUUAACUGGAAGACGGGUGAGGGGAUACCUUUUGGUUCCCUCAACAGAAAAGAUGGAUUGAGUUGCCACUGGUGCAUCAAGCUGACAAUUUGUAAAGCUUGAGGUUUGGCAUAAAUCUGCAAGUAGAAAAGCAGGAGGAAAGCCCAGGUUGGCACGGCUGGGAGCAGAGAUGUCAGUAAAUAGUGCCUGGACCAGACUGACGACAGCAGAGAAGGUGAUGUUGGCCAUUGGCCUUCCAGCAGGGGCUGUUGCACUGUACAUAUUGUACAGGAGAUACAGAGAGAGCCAGGAUGAACACUUUGUGCUGGUCGGUGACAAUCAGAUUGCUGUGGACAUGAAAGUUCCUCGUGAUACCGUGAAGGUCAUAAUUGGACGGCAGGGGUCCACUAUUAAACGGCUACGAAAGGAGACGGGUGCCCGCAUUGAAAUCGAGGACAGUGAGGAGACCAAUGGCGAGGAGGGGGUGGCAGAAAGGCUACUCACCAUCGUUGGGUCGCCGGUGCAAGUGUGCAAGGCCAAGGUCGCCAUCCACCAGCUUCUGGCCGAAAACGUGAAGAUAACGGAGGAGUUGCGUGUUCCCCAGCGAGUAGUGGGACGUAUCAUAGGCCGCGGAGGAGAAUGCAUCCGUGCCAUCUGUCGGACCACGGGGGCAAAGGUCGAGUGCGAGAAGGAGUCCAUUGGUCAUGUUCUGGAUGUCGGCCGUUUGGUCAGAAUCACUGGGACAAAGCAAGAGGUGGCAGCUGCCAAAGCCCUGGUCGUGGCAAAAAUGGAGGAGGAGGCGGCCUUCAGACAGAAGCUGGCCUGCUCGGCCGCCAGCCGGAGGCAUCGCAAGCACCCCGCCGGCGCGCGGUUGGAGGAGGUUUCCCCUCCCUCUCCUAGGGCUUGGACCCCGGCCUCGCCAGAGGGUGAAGUGUGGGCACUGGGCGCCAGCGAGGAGGGAGAGGAGGAGUACCGGAUCAACCCCAGCGUCUCCGUCGAGCACCAGGAGGGCGAAGAGCCCUUGGAGGAAGGCCAGCGAGGCGGCAACUCGAGCCAGGUGUCCAAAUUUGAAAUUCCCAGUCCUGACUUCAGUUUCCUUGCAGACGAACAUCUGGAAGUUUAUGUCUCAGCUUCGGAAAACCCCAGUCACUUCUGGAUCCAGAUCCUGGGCUCCAGGUGUCUGCAGCUCGAUAACCUGACCUACGAGAUGUCCCGCUAUUACGGCAGCUCCAUUGGUACGGGUGAGGCAUUUGUCCCAAAGGUGGGUGACAUCGUGGCAGCUCCGUUCCAGAGCGAUGGCUUUUGGUAUCGAGCCCGUGUGCUGGGCUACCUGGAGAAUGGGAACGCUGACCUCUAUUAUGUGGAUUAUGGAGACAACGGGGAGGCGGCGAUUGGGAAUAUGCAGCUCCUGAGGAGUGACUUCCUGAGUCUGCCAUUUCAGGCUGUCGAGUGCAGUCUCGAUGGAAUCCAGCCAGCUGGGGAGAAGUGGUCAGAGGAGGCGAUGAACUGCUUCGACGGUCUCGCCUACUGCGCUGAGUGGAAGGUUCUCCUGGCCCGGAUCUGCAGCUACUCACAGAGUGGAGGUGUCACGAGACCGCAGGUGCAGUUGUUUGACCGCACCAGCGACAAGAACCUGAACAUUGGGGAUGAACUGGUUCGGCUGGGACAUGCAGUGCGGUGCCCUCGGAGUGACGGAGCGGAGGUGGGAGAUGCACCGGACACGAGGGGGAAGGCUGUGGCAGUAUCCCUUCAAACACUGCUGAAUGAUGUCACUGGUGGAGCGGACAGAAGCCUGGUUUCUGAAGUGACUGCAGGAAACCUAAAGCUACAACUGCCCAUUUCUUGGCAGAGUCACUCGGAGCCCUCCGUCAGCACCAGCUCAGGAACCAUUGAGGAUGAGUUUUCCUAGGACUGCAAUCCCGUUUGCUCCAAGGAGUGUUCCAGGGCUGGAGGGACAGACCUCACACCGCCAGGGCAAUACUUGAAUGUACAGUUCGGCGUGGAAUACAGCUGAGAGUUUCUUUUUUUAAAUUGUUUGGUUAAAAGGCCUUAAACUAACCCAGCCUUUGCAAGGCCAGAG